GCUUUUAAGCGUUUAAAGUGUUUAAAUCAAUGCAACCCGUACGGGCUAUUAUGUGAAGGAAAAAGCGCAUCCACAGACGAGUUACAGAGAAGACGCGUCUCAUUUGGUGAAUGAGUUGAUAGUAAACACGAGUCGAGUCUCUGAGUGUCCAAACACACAGAAAGUAAAGCUGUGAUGUAAAGAUGGAGUCUAUUAAAGAGGAGAGUGAAGACCUUAAGAUUGAAGACGCAGUCACUGUGAAACAAGAAGAUGCUGAGGAACAAACAGAACUGAUGUCACUGAAAGAGGAGAGUGAAGUACUGGAUGAAAUGGAAGAAAAAGAUCAUGAUAUCGUAACUGAAGAAAAAUCUGAAACGACAUCCUCACAAAAAAGUAAUUUCACCUGCCAACAGUGCGAAAAGUGUUUCUCUACAAAAGGAAACCUGAAACUCCACAUUGACAUUCACACUGGAGAGAAGCCUUACACCUGCCAGCAGUGUGGAAAGUGUUUCACUAAAAAAGGAACCCUUAAAGGCCACAUGAGCAUUCAUACUAGAGAAAAGCCCUACAUGUGCCCUCAGUGUGGAAACUGUUUCACCCAGCAAGGAAGCUUUAACAGGCACAUGAGAGUUCACACUGGAGAGAAGCCUUACACCUGCAAACUGUGUGAAAGAAGCUUUACAACAAAACUAAACCUUAAGUAUCACAUGAACAGUCACACCGGUGAGACGCCAUUUACAUGUGAUCAGUGUGGAAGGAGCUUUCGACAUAAGAUAACCCUUAAAAAGCACAUGAAAGUUCACUUAAGAGAGAGCAGUUUUAUGUGUCAUCAGUGUGGAAUGAGUUUCUCAGACAGCCAAAACCUUACGAAUCAUGUGAUAACUCACACUGGAGAGAAACCAUACAUGUGUCUUCAAUGUGGAAAGACUUGCUCAAACAAUACAAACCUUGGUGUUCACAUGAGAAUUCACACUGGAGAGAAGCCUUUCACCUGCCCUGAGUGUGGAAAGAGCUUCAGGUUUAUAGGAAACUUUCAGACUCACAUGAGGGUUCACACUGGAGAGAGACCUUACAUGUGUCUUGAGUGUGACGAGAGUUUCACAUAUCAGAGAGACCUGAAACGUCAUCUGCUAACUCACUCUGGAAAGGAAGUCUAGUGUUUCCUCAGUGGCAAUUGGUUUAAAAAAUGGAGCAAUUUCAAGAAUCAUCUGCACAUUCAGUCUGGAGAAAGGCAAAUUUCUUGUGAAAUAAAAUUUAUCAUCAUACAGAUACACCUGAAAAUCAUGCAGAUAUGAGACCCUA